AUGAAUAAGAGACUAAAUGGAUACUCGUUGAAUGUUUAUCAAUGGGCUUGCUUGAUUGUUGGCUUAGGUUUUGUGUGGUGUAGUGCUAAUGCAACUGCGAUUGAACCUUCAUCCCACUAUAUGUCAGAAAACGAAUUCAUCAUGUUGUUGGGCGACUUACACGGCAAGCAAGUGCAAAAAGUAGCACAGCUAAACUAUAUCAAGCUAAAGAGAUGCCUAGAACUUCUAAUAGUGCGCAUGAAGAUUAAGAACCUGCCAAAACCCUCAACUACCGAACGGGCAGACCGACUAUUGGAACAGUGUCACCAAAUGCUAGCCCAAGCCGUACAAGCAUUCAAUCAGGCCCUCAAAUUGGAGGAAGAUCUGGUAAUGCUACAGCAGAAACUAGCACAAGCUCAGCAAGCUCCAGGAAAGUUAGUCAUAAAUAGUACCACACGCCAAUUAAUGGAGAAAAUUAGCCGCUACCAAGCAAUAUCAAUGCCAUUGGCAACAAGCUCUCAAGAGACACAAAAGGAUACGACCGGGCAAAUAGAACUGCCGAUUGCGCCACCCAACUCAAUUGUACGGCCCGAGCCACAACAAGCCAAUGCUCUAAAGGAUCAGGCCAAGAAAGUUGAUGAAGAGAUAAUGGGGUUGUUAAUCGCGGAGAAUCUGAAUGAACUCGUUAAUAGAUUCAAAGUAGCAGCAGCUGCAAUGUCAACAGCCCAACUAGUAGAUGAAAUAAUCAAAUACAAGCAACAAGUGCUGGAAGCAAAAGUUGCCUCUAUAGUUUUGCCGGGUGUAAACAAUCUUACCUUGUAUUCCAAUUACCGCUGCUUUAGCACCGCCAACCCGGCCACAGAUACGAAGUUUGCCUACAACAACAAAAUUAAUGGCGAAAGAGAUACCAGCUCCAACCAAACACCUCCUAAUCUCAACUAUUUUGAAGAACAGAACCCAGCCCACAGUGAUCGCGAUGGUAUGCUCAAUAAGGAUGAGGAAGCACUCCUUGCCGCAUUUUUAGUGCCCGAUGGCCUGCCUAACACAUCUAGCCCUAAUGUGUUCAAAUCGUGUUUCACGGUCAAGCGAUCCCUUAUGACCAAACAAUAUGAACUAGCGAGCCACAAUAAACAGGACGCCUAUGAGCUGCUCUUGCCUAGUAAUUGGCCUGACCGCACAUUGACAGACUUGCUGUCAAUCUUAAAAAGGUUCAGCAAGAUCAAAAUUCAGAUAGCAAGUAUUGUGUUAGAGAACUUUUGGAUUGACCUUAGCAAGCACAUCAUAUUUCAACUCUUACAAAUUCUCGAGAGUCCUAUAGCCGCCGCUGUAUAUGAUUUCAAAAUCAUUAUAAACCCAAUACCCGAAAAGCCAUUUAAUCCAUUGAAAGUAAAUAUCGUUCGACUAGACGAUUGCGACAACACCGGUGCACUAAUCAACUGGUCUCAAUAUAGGGCUAAAGUGAUGAUUCAGAGCCUUACCAAGAACACAAAAGAGCUGAUAUGGCCGCUACUAACACGUCUCCCAGUAGGCCAUUUAAGCCUAAAUCUUCCUCAAAUUCAAACGAUAGACUUUCUCAACGAUGUCAACUGGGUGGAGAACUAUAGUCUUUUUAUAGUCAUUCAACGACCCAAUACUAUUAUCAACCUGCCGCUCAUAAAUAAUUCUGGGAAUGCUACACCGGCUUACUCCCACUUAAGCAUUAAAACCGAGUCGUCUAUGGCCAUAAAUUCCACAGCCCAACAAGCCCAAGUCGCCUAUCCAAACAUUUUUGUCCUAAACCUUGAUAACUAUCUUCGACCAAAAACACUAGAGAACAAUGAUUCAGUCACUGUUUCAAAAAUAACUCUAUCCUUUGAUGUUUUCCUCUCUUAUGUCGUUCUUGGUCUUAACCAGCCGGUGUAUGCUCCUACUCUUCAGAUUGUCAAUAUUCCGCAGAGCUCUACCCGUCAAGGCUUCCUUACUAUGAUAAACUAUAUCUUUCUAACAUACAAAGGGUUCUUCGAUACUAGCCCAUAUAAAGAAAUCAGCAGUAAAAACUACCCAUUCCAAAACAUCAUUGAGUGUUUCAAGCUACUUUUGUUGGACCACAAUGGCGAUCCAAUCGCCUUCACAAAGAUAUUCCUAGACCUUUUCACUCAAAUCCUAGCCCAAUACAUUCCAUGA